AUGACGCGCGUUUUUCUCACAAAACAGGCUCACCAAUUCUACCCGCUGAUCCACAUCAACUGUUCGACAGACCUGCACUUUCUCAUUUGCUCUAUCUACACGCCGAUUUGCAUGGAGGGUUUCUCGCAGUCGCUGCCACCGUGUCGAUCGGUGUGCGAGCGCGCGCGGGCAGGUUGUGGUCCAAUCAUGGGCUACUACGCCUUCACUUGGCCAGAUCGCAUGCAAUGCGAUCAAUUCCCGGAGCUCAACAACCCCGAAGGCGUGCUGUGCAUGGAGCGGAACCUCACCGACGCUGAACGCAUCGAGUUCGGGACCACGUCGAAGGCGGCGUCGGGUGUAGGCGAAAAACCCGGCAGUGGUGGCGUCGCGUUGGAGGAUCGGGCCACUCUGCGCGAUCGAUCGAUGGCGAGUGAGUUGGAGGCGGCGGUGGUGACUGCGACGAGAGCAGAUGGUGGCGGCGAUGUCAGUUCGCGAGCUCUCGCCACCUCCGGUGCGCGGCUGGAGUGUUCGUGUGGCUGCCGGCACCCGUUUGUUUCGGUCGUCGCCAACAACGACAGCCAACUUACUCAGGCAAGCAAAGUUUAUGAAGCGAUAUUUGCGGUCCAACGAGAAAGGUUCAGGGAUUUGAAUUCUUUUUUUUUCAAGAUUUCUACACUUGGAUUUCAAGGCUGCGCUUUGCCCUGUCAUUCCAUCCACUUUCAAACCGAGGGUGACAGAAGGUUCGUGGAUUUUUGGCUGUGGCUUUGGUCCAUCCUGUGUGCGGUCUCGACCCUCGCAACGAUGCUCACCUACCUGACCAAUCCCAGUCGAUUCCAGUAUCCCGGCCAGCCAAUCAUCUACCUCUCCACGUGCUACUUCUUCGUCGCGAUUGGCUACAUUCUGCGUAUGGUGGUUGGUCAUGAGAGCGUCGCGUGCACGGAGGUCACAGCCUUAGUUCGUGGUGGUGACACCCAUCAACGAGGCCUAUUUACCACCGCGAGUAUCCUACAAUUCUCACUUUCUGGACAGGCUUCGUGCGCCACCGUCUUCCUUCUCACCUACUACUUUGGAAUGGCAUCAUCCGUGUGGUGGGUCGUGUUAACUGUCACGUGGUUUCUUGCUGCCGGUCUGAAGUGGGGCAACGAGGCGAUCACCAAGUACACACAGGUCUUCCAUUUCGUGGCCUGGGUCCUGCCUGGCGUGCAGACUGGUGUCGUACUGAUGCUGCGUGCUGUGGACGGUGAUCCCAUUGGUGGACUGUGUUCCGUAGGUUCGACGAACGACAGCAACCUCACGUACUUCCUUCUGCUUCCACUGUGCAUCUACUUCUGCGUCGGCACCUUCUUCCUCCUCAGUGGCUUCAUCGCGCUCUGUCGCAUCCGCCACGUCAUCAAAUUUCAGCCGCGCGCACGCACCGACAAGCUGGAGAAGUUGAUGAUCAAACUCGGCAUCUUCGGCCUCCUCUACACUGUGCCGGCGAUCGUUGUGAUCGCGUGUCUGGCACACGAGCUACGCUGGCGUCGAGUCUGGCAGUUGGGCGUGGCGUGUCGAUGCGACUGGCACAACGACAACGACGAAGAAGUUGGUGGCAGACGCCAUCCACUCGUGUGGAUCCCUCCUACACCCGAAUACGCCAUCUUCAUGCUGAAAUACUUCAUGUCGCUUAUCGUGGGCAUCACCUCUGGCUUCUGGAUAUGGUCGAGCAAGACGCUAGACGCUUGGAGACGUGUCUGCAACGGACGCAAACCCCCGGUCCCCCAUCAACCACCCACCGCUCCAGCGGGUUCAGAGAAACUCAUCAACUGGGUCGUGCCAAACGUCCAUUCACCGUCGCAGUUCUCCCUGAAGAGCCUUCCAGGCGGGAAAAAGUUGGUGCCGCCGCCGCAGAGCAGGAGUGCUCACACAAACUUCUACGAUCAGUUCGACGCGGACCCACGACAGACCCAGUUCUGCCCGGUGGUGCGAGGUACCAGUUCAGGAAUUGGUGGAAGCACCGCCACGAGCAGUGCUUACGCCAACACCACCAGUGGAGGCGGUGAUUUCGCCGACCACAACUCCGACACCGCCAAUGUGAACCGAGGAUUCAUCUUCAACAGUGGAGAGUUCAAUGGCGUGGCACCGCUGGGUGGCAGCACCGCGCCAACGGGAAUAUUUUAA